GUAAUAGACCACUUUGCGACAGUGACCGGCAAAAUCGAAAACAAGAAUGUCUGGUGAUAAAAAACAACGAUGGGUGCCUUUGGAAUCAAAUCCAGAGGUUUUAAACAAGUAUGUGCACAAUUUAGGUGUGUCUAAUGACUGGGAUUUUGUAGAUGUGUAUGGUUUAGAUCCAGAAUUGUUGAUGAUGGUGCCUCGUCCAGUCAUUGCAGUCAUGCUUCUCUAUCCAAUCACAGACCAGUCGGAAAAUCCUGAUAACAAGAUAGGCGAUCAGAAGGAGACAGCAGACGGUGUUUACUACAUGAAACAGACAGUUGGUAAUGCCUGCGGUACUGUUGCCGUGAUACAUGCCCUCGCUAACAAUAGAGAUAAUAUCAAGUUUGAAGACAACAAACAUUUUAACAAGUUUCUAGAGGAAACAUUAGGAAAAGAACCAGCGGAGAUUGCAAAAUUGCUAGAGAAUGAUACGGAAAUGGGUGCAGCGCAUGAAGGUAGCGCACAGGAAGGUCAGACCGAGGCCCCAUCAAGAGAUGACAAAAUAAAUACCCAUUUUAUUGCCUUUGUUUGUAAAGGCUCUGAACUUUAUGAACUUGACGGUAGAAAAACUGGACCAGUAUUACAUGGAAAAACAACCCCAGACACUUUACUUGAGGACACUGUUGAAGUUGUGAGGAAGUUUAUGGCUCGUGACCCAGCACAGAUGAACUUUACACUGAUGGCACUAGCUAAAGUCUCCUAGAUGUUUCACAAUCAGCAUACAAUCAGCUUGUGUUCUGUUGCAAUAUGCAGACUGUUGCAAUAUGCAGACUCGUUAUUUUAUACUUUUAUAAAGUGUUCAUAUACUUCAACAAACGAAAAAAAGACAUAAACUGUUUCAGUUAUUAUAAUUAUAGUAAUAAAUAUAAUAUUUCAAACAAGUGCUGUGCUAAAGUGUAAAAUUACACCUGAAGCAAGCUUUAUUGUUAAUACAGCCUAUGGAAAUUUUUUUUUGCUCUGAAAUCGUUCUCUUAAUUAUACAUACCACUUUAUAUUUGAAUUGAUUAAUAAAUUUGUAUGUAUAAAUAUUGUAUAUUUCUAAUUUUAGUUAUAAAACAUGUGGUAUUAAAAAUUGUCAGUGUUACUAAUUAUAUAAAUGAGGUAUAUACAUGAAAGUAAAGAAUCACAUGUUAUUACAUGUAUGGUAACUGAGAUACCAUAAACAUUGGAAAUCUUCAGUUUUUAUAUCUGUCCAUUAAAUGUAUUUAUAGGACUAUAGAAUGAUGUUUAUGUUAGAUAUAAACUUCACCAAGGUUAUUUCAGUUUAACUUAAUCAAGGUUAUUUUGGUAUACAUUGUGAUAAGAAAAUAGAAAUAUAGCUUAAAUAGA